UAGAGCAACGCUUAACCUCAAAUAUUUUUGCAGUCUAUAUAGAGAAAAAUUACAGUGAAUACAUACUAUCAAGGAAGUGAUGGAUAACGACAAUGACGUAAAUAGGGUGGAGGAGGAGCCUAUUGAUACUGGGUCCAAUUCAGGUGACAAUUACGUUCUCGAUUUGGUGAAUUCUUGCAAAGCCGAAAAAUUUGAAACAUUAUCGUUUUUUAAAUCACCGGCAAAUUACAGGAAUAAGGUUAUGGCGUUACAAGAACAGUUAAAUGGAAAAAUAUUCGUAGAUUUUGAGUGCAAAUAUGUUAAAUCUGAACCGAAAUCUCUAUCGACAACUAUCUGCAAAACUGAGUAUAAAAGUUGCCAAGCUAAUUUGAAAAUAGAAAACUACAAUCCCACCAAUUAUAUGAAUGGAAAAAGUCUAAUAAUUUAGAUUAAAAAAGGAUUUAACUAUGAUAAUAAUUGUCAAUUGAAUAUGAACUUCAGUUUAAAACCGACCAAACACGAGAAGCCUAAAAGUUUUCCAAACUUAAAGCUUGAAA